GCGGGGCAUACCUUCAUUCUUCCUCGCUUUCUUUUUUUUUCCCCUCUCCCCCGCGUACAACAAAAGACAUCGGCGUAAGCAAGGUCUGCGCCUGAAACGGCGCCGCGACAGGACGAUAAGCCAGGAGCGGUAAAAAACGACCCGCCUACUGCGACGAGACGAGCUCGUGUUCUGCCACGGACAAACACGGCGCAAACAUGGAUCUGAACGCCACGGUGCCCGCCCCGUGGAGCAGCGUACCGGCGGCCCAGCCCGCGCUAGGCCUGCUGUUCGGCAUCGUCAACCUGCUGGCGCACACACCCUUCACGGACCUUCCCGUUAUCGGCGACUACGAGCUGGGGGAGCUCCGGCAGCACUACGACUACGUAAUCGUCGGCGGUGGUUCCGCGGGCUGCGUCAUCGCCAACCGGCUGUCUGCGGAUCCCAGCGUCACGGUGCUCCUCCUGGAAGCCGGAGGACUCGAGGAAGCCUCUCGGCAAAUCCCGGCUUUCGCGCCGUUCAACCUUAGAGGUCACGACGAUUGGGACUACUGGAGCGUGCCGCAGAAGCAUGCUGCCUUCUCCUUGCGGAACCAGCGACUAGCACAUUCACGUGGCAAGGUGCUCGGUGGAAGCAGCGUGCUGAAUUUCAUGAUGUACACGCGGGGGAACCCUGAUGACUACGACCGCUGGGCCUUCGAGUACGGAGCUAAAGGGUGGACGUACGAGGACGUGCUGCCGCACUUCAAAGACAUCGAAGACUACCGUGUAGGUCCAGUGGAUGAGUGUCAUGGCGCUGGAGGCGAGGUACCGGUGGACUAUUCCAACACCAGCACACCUCUCACCCACCUCCUUAUGGAGGCCUGCCGAGAGGCUGGCUACGCUCACGUGGAAUACAACGGCCCUACGCAAUCAGGCUGCUCCCGAAUUCAGAACAACGUGGCGAACGGCGAGCGCUUCAGCGCCAGCAAGGCCUUCAUCCAGCCCGUCGUCAGAGCGCGGAAGAACCUACAUGUGGCGCUCCUCAGCCACGUGACGAAGGUGAACUUCGACGGAAAGCGUGCUGUGGGCUUGACGUUUAUUAGGCUUGGGCGGCCGCGAAGCGUGACCGCCACGCGAGAGGUGAUCCUCUCGGCAGGAACCGUGGGAUCCACUCAGCUUUUGCUGCUUUCUGGAGUUGGGCCCAGAGAAGACCUGGAACGGUUACAGAUUCCGGUAGUCGCCGAUCUCCCAGUCGGCCGCAACCUCCAAGACCACCCAGCGCUCUUUCCUGGCGUUCCCAUUAGCACUGACGUGGAGGUUGGCAUACCACCUUUAAGCUUUGACGACAUUCAGCAGUACGCCAUCAACAGAACUGGCACGAUAUCCAUACCGGUGAGCAACGAGUUCCUGCAGUUCCUGCAGACCGACUACGCCGAGCAUCCCGACGUCCCGGACGUCGAGGUGGCGACCUUUAGCACGUCACCGGCCACCCAGUUGUUCAGGGCGCUGGCGGCAGAGCUGGGACUGGUGCCGGAGGCUUUUGACGGCAUGAUUGGGCCCACUGACGGUCAGCAUGGCUUUCGAGCAGUAACAAUACUCAACCGGCCAAGGUCACGUGGCUCCAUCUCGCUGCGCUCCAAGAACCCAUUCGACCACCCAAACAUCGACCCAAACAUGAUGGAGCACCCAUACGAUGUGAAGGCGCUUGCUCAAGGAACGAAGAUGUUCAUCGACCGGGUAUUGAACACGGACGCCAUGAAGAGUAUCGGUGCCAAGCCGUGGGGAGUGACCUUUCCGCCGUGCGCCGACGCGGGACCCCUCUGGAGCCAGGAGUACAUCGAGUGCCUUUCCCGGCACACCGCUAUAGCGGUUUGGCAUCUUUGUUGCACCGCAGCCAUGGGCUCUCAUCCUGAGGCAGUCUUGGACGAACGCCUCAGGGUCCGAGGCAACGUGACGGGCCUGCGAGUGGCCGACGCCUCCGUGAUGCCCGACAUAAUAACCGGUCACACAAACGCGCCAAGCAUGAUGAUUGGCAGCAAAGCAGCAUCUAUGAUCAUAGAAGACAACGGAGGAGCUCAGUGACAAGACCGGAGCACCAUAGCUGGCUGCGCUGUCGGACUGCGGUAUCAAGUGCAACAGUCCGUGCCCUGGGGUUGCUGUUCCCCGGCAACGUGGACUCGUAAUGCGAUGUGCCAUUUCCAUUAUAUUUACAGCGCGCACAUAGUAAAAGAAGAAAAAGAUAAGGAAUAGCCUGAGAGUUAAAGUGCAAGUUUGCCGCCUUUCGCCUACAGCACCUUGCAGCGGGAUAAUAAAAUGUCGCGAAAGUUGCCACUUGAAAGUGGCACAUACAAAUAAUUUUUAUACAGGAUACGCCACUACUCUUCUCCUGAGCGCUGCUGUGAUCGUGACUAUGAGAACAUCUGCAAGGUUCGGCGAGAGUGCUCGAAAUACGCCGUGUAAAGCAGAACGUCCAGAACAAUC